GGGGAGGGCAUUGCAAAUGCUGCGUGACGUUCCCUUCACGCGGUCCAUUUCCCCCGAGUGGGGAAAUUUAUGUUCUUCAAACGUAGUGGCCGCUUAUUUGGAUUUCCGGAUUAUUUGGGCAACACGUGAACGCCCUAAAAAAACGACGGCGCAGGAGGCGCCAAACUAGAAAAACGCACUGGCGGUGACGAACAUCAAGUGGAGCAAAAACAAAUACAACGAACCGGGUGAAAAAAAAACAUGGAGGGACCGUCCUCGAAAGGUGUCCUGGGUCAGCUGAGUCAGCUGGAGGUUCAGGCGAGGAGCCGCAGGAAACCUCCCCAGCCGCGGAGUCGCGUGGACGGGCUGAAGGCCGAAGCCGAGGCGCUGACGAUGCGGAGGGAGCAGCUGAAGGCGGAGAUACAGACACAUGCGAGUCUACAGAAGUUGAGGAUGUCUUUGGACAAACAAAGUACACACGAAGAAGAAGAGGAGAAAAUGGAUGAAGACUCUGAGAACUCGCAAAUACUGCAGCUGAUGGCCAGACACGCACAACUGACAGACCUUCUGCACGCCCAUCACCUCAUUGGCGGCUACGACAUCAUCAAGACUCGCAACAGUAAAGGAGUGUGCGUUUCCAUGGCGACGGCCUACGAGGGUGUCUACCUGGACACCUACAACCUGGAGGUGGACCUGAAGCCGACUCUGAGGAUCGGCCGCCACAACAUUCCCCCGUUCAUUCCCCUGGACAGCAUCGCUGAGCAGGGCAACAUGCAGACAGACAUAAGGGCUUUUCUGGACUCCCUCAGCCGGCACCUCAACGCCUUCGCCGGCCGUAAGCAGCAGCUGAAGAUUGUUAAGGAGCAACACAAGUCCGUCGAGGUGAUGGAGAGUAAUGUCUUGUGUUCGAUACUGGUGCUGAUGUUCACUGUGCCGAGGGUGAAAACCAUCGUCCUCUGCACGCUGGACUACUCCGACCACACCCGAUGCCUGCCCACAAGAGUCUGCUUUGAAUGUGAAGACAAGGAGCUUCUUGAUUCUCCAGAGUGGAAGAAAAACUGCAGCCUCCUCACGGAGACUCCAGUGCACAAAGCAUUGACGACCAUGACAAAGAUGGGAAAUAUUCUUUAAUCUCCUCACAAAUAAUGAAACUCUGCAGAAAUGAACAUAUUUCAUUCUCAUUGUUUAUAAUAAUUCGGUUGGUUUCAACUUUUUUUUUUUUCUUUUCUUAAUGUUGUAAAUGUUGAGGUGCUGAGCUGUGAGAAGAUGAUAAAGUUGCGUUGAGGACUUUCGAGUUCCUCUGUGGCGGUUCCAGUAAUUCCACAUUGCCUUUCCUCUUGAGACCUUCUACAAACGCCGUCACCCUCUUGUGUAACGUCUCCCUCUGUAGCUGUUUCGCCCUCUCCACUUCCUCUCUGGCUUUCUGCUGUUGCCUAGCCAGCUCUUUUUCUGAUAUUGAGUCGAUGGCUGCAAUGUUUUUCAUCCGCAUGAGAGACACGUUGCCCUGGACGUUGCCUGUGUGUCUCGCCGGACUCGUGGGCUUGGCCGUCGACGGCGGUGCUGAUAUGGAGCGACUCGGCUCCACAUUGGGGGACUUGCGGGAGCACAGUCUUCUGCCACCGGAUGUGUGAACACCUGAGGAGUGUGUCCCUGCGCUCUUGUGCUCUCCGAUUUCUUUCAUGGCGAUGUUGACCGUCGCUUUAGGCUCGCAGACCUUCACGAUCACCACUCUGCUGUGCUCUUGUAUCAGCGAGUCUCGUCUUUGUUGGAGCAUUUUGCGGGUGAAGCGGUACUGUUUGUCCAGCAUGCUCAGCUUUUGCUGGAGGUCUCUCUCCACCUUUUGGUUCAACGCUCUCAGCCCUCUGUCCAGAACACGUCUGCUGUGGAUUUGGUCCAUUUGCAUGAGCGCUAGAAUGAGACUUCGUCAGUUUUUCUCAUGCUUUCACUUUAAAAUAAAGCCAAAGAUGAAAUGUG